GGGUUCUUUGCAUUUUAAUUUUUUGGGAUUUGCUUGGAGAGUCCGAUGGCACGAGCAGAAAAGGAGGGGGCGAAGAAGAGGGUGGUGGUUGUUGGUGGGGGUGCUGGUGGCUCCGUUGUUGCCCACUCUCUCCAGUCUGUUGCAGAUGUUGUUCUCAUCGAUCAGAAGGAAUACUUCGAAAUCCCUUGGGCAAGCUUGAGGUCAAUGGUGGAACCAUCAUUUGCUGAAAGAUCAGUGAUUAAUCACUCCGAUUACCUUCCCAAUGUUCAGAUUAUUACAUCUGCAGCAACUAACAUCACAGACAAGGAAGUCACAACAGCAGAAGGGAAUACUGUUGCGUAUGAUUAUCUUGUUAUUGCAACAGGACACUCAGAAUCUCUUCCCAGAUCUAAAGCCGAGAGACUGAAUGAGUACCGGGCAGAUUUUGAAAAGAUAGAGUCUGCUAAUUCAGUUUUGAUUGUUGGAGGGGGGCCCACUGGUGUUGAACUUGCUGGUGAAAUAGCUGUUGACUUUCCCGGUAAGAAGGUGACUCUGGUGCAUCGGGGGACAAGAUUGCUGGAAUUUAUUGGCCCCAAGGCUUCCCGGAGGGCACUGGAUUGGUUGGUUGCAAAGAAAGUUGAAGUGAUCUUGAAUCAAUCUGUCAACUUGGACUUUUCAUCAGAUGGCAUUUUCCAAACAUCUGCUGGAGAAACUAUCACAGCUGAUUGCCAUUUCGUCUGUACGGGUAAACCAGUGGGUUCGUCUUGGAUUAAAGAGACUAUUUUAAGAGACAGCCUAGAUAUACAUGGAAGGUUGAUGGUUGAUAAGCACUUACGGGUCAGAGGUCGUAACAAAAUCUUUGCAGUAGGAGAUAUCACUGAUGUUAAAGAGCUCAGACAAGGUUAUCUGGCACAGAGCCAUGCUCAAGUGACUGCCAAGAAUAUAAAGAAGUUGAUGAUGGGAGGAAGCGAGAGCAACAUGGCUGCUUAUAAGCCUGGUUCUGCAAUGGCACUUGUUUCACUUGGAAGAAAACAGGGAGUGGCACAAUUUCCAAUAGUGACAAUUAGUGGAUGCAUUCCCGGCUUGAUCAAAUCUGGGGACCUGUUUGUGGGGAAGACAAGGAAACUACUUGGGCUAAAACCUUGAUUUGACUAAAAGAUGAGCUGAACUUGGGGGCACAUUAUUAUUUCUUUAUGUUAAUCAAUAUAUAUUUUUUUCUUUUGGGAAUAUUUGCUUUUCAUUGAACAAAACAAACACAAGCGUGUGGUUAUAAGUCGUCGUAUAGAUAUGCUGUAGUUGAUUAAAUUCUCAAUGACAGCAGGCAACUUUGAUUGGA